CCCCAGAGGCCCUGAGAGAGAGAAGGAGAGAGAGCGAGAGCACCACAGCCUCCAGCCCUGAGCCGGCUGGCCGGCCCACGAGGGCCCACAGCAUGUGGGAGCUCCGGUCCAUAGCCUUCUCCCGGGCCGUGUUCGCCGAGUUCCUGGCCACACUCCUCUUUGUCUUCUUUGGUCUUGGCUCGGCCCUCAAGUGGCCACAGGCCCUGCCCUCUGGGCUGCAGAUUGCAAUGGCAUUUGGCCUGGGGAUUGGCACACUGGUGCAGACUCUAGGCCACGUCAGUGGGGCCCACAUCAAUCCUGCGGUGACAGUGGCCUUCCUGGUGGGCUGCCACGUCUCCUUUCUCCGAGCUGCCUUCUAUGUAGCUGCCCAGCUACUGGGCGCCGUGGCGGGGGCUGCUUUGCUCCAUGAGAUCACGCCACAGGACAUCCGUGGGGACCUGGCCGUCAAUGCUCUCAACAACAACACGACAGCUGGCCAGGGUGUGACUGUGGAGCUCUUCCUGACCCUGCAGCUGGUGCUCUGCAUCUUCGCCUCCACCGAUGAGCGCCGUGGAGACAACCUGGGCACUCCUGCCCUCUCUAUCGGCUUCUCUGUGGCCCUGGGCCACCUCCUUGGGAUCCACUACACCGCCUGCUCCAUGAACCCUGCCCGCUCCUUGGCACCCGCCAUCGUCACCGGCAAGUUUGAUGACCACUGGGUCUUCUGGAUCGGACCCCUGGUGGGUGCCAUCCUGGGCUCCUUGCUCUACAACUACGUGCUGUUCUGCCCAGCCAAGAGCCUGUCCGAGCGCCUGGCGGUGCUGAAGGGCCAGGAGCCGGACGCUGACUGGGAGGAGCGCGAGGUGCGGCGGGGGCAGUCGGUGGAGCUGCACUCGCCGCAGAGCCUGCCUAGGGGCAGCAAGGCCUGAGCGCCGCUCGGCCCUCCACCGCCCCGGACCACGCGCCUGUGGGGAACCCGCCACCCUCGCCCGGUCGGGCCGGCCCGAGGCGGAAGGGCCCACUCGGUCCCCUCUCUCCCCCGACUCCUAAGUUGGCCCCCAGUGCAGAGAAGCUGCUUCCAGCACUGCUCAGCCCACGCCAGCGCUGUGAGCCGAGGGCGGCGGGCGGGGUAGCCGAGUGCCCGGCCGAUGCCCUGCCCUGAGGCUGUUGGCAGCGAGUGUUGACCCUCUGACCCCUUGCUGGGGAGUUGGAGACCAAGCUGAGGUGGGGAGCAGGAUUGCGGGAAGAGGAAAGCUCUGGAGAGCCUGCGCCCAGGUUCGGGGCUGGAGUGAGCAGACCCCGCCCCCAGGGCACGCUGGUGUUGGAGUGUGUGUUCGUUCCAGAGUGCCUCUGUUCUCAAGUGCAGAGCCGUGCACGUCUGAGUGUCAACAGGCGUGCCUAUGGUGGUGCAAGUGGCUCACAUUCCCUUUGAGCCCCUCCACCCACCUGCAAUAAAUCCACCUGCCGCCUUCCGGAGGAGUGCUCCCUGGGAGUCAUCCCGGGAAGAGGAAGGGGAGCAUCAGAAGGCCACUUUGGAAGAGCUGAAGGGAGGGUCCUGAUUUCCAACUUCUCCCCAGCCCCGCCUGGAAAAUUCCCUAAGCUGUGGCACUGGGACCUGAGACUUGCCAGGACCCAUUGCUGGGUGCAGAGACGUGUCAACCAAACAAAAACUCCCCUAGAAAUGGCCUCUGGAGGAAAAGAGGACUGGUGCCCUGAAAGAGGACCUCUGCAGAGGGGGAAUCAGGCAUGUGUGUAUGUGCAUAAGACCCCCUUGGAGGGGGGCAGACCCAAAGAUUAGCCUCUGAUUCCGCAGGGAAAACAAAAGCCUUUUGUGGGCCCCUGGCCUUUGUCUUGGGAAAGGGGGAGAUUUGCAACUAGACACUUCUGAAAGGAGACACUUGGUUUCGCAAGUGCGCCUUCUCACCCAGCACACACCUAUGGCUGGCUGGGCAAGGCACUCAGGCUCGAAACCACGGGCACCAGGCAACACCCCUCCAUCACCCAUCCUGCCCUCACCUCCUGCCUCAGGCAGCAGGCCCUCCUCCCCAGGAAUGUCUGUCCCCCGCUCUCUUUCCCCAGCCUAUGCUCCCCCCACGCCUUCUGGCUCUCACCAAUGGCCAGUUGUUAUGAGCAGAGCCGCCUGCUGUUCUUGGGACCAGGAAAAUGACUUGUCCAGGCAGAGCCAGGUCCACUCUAGAACCCCAGUUUCUAAAUCUCCAGGCCAGAGCCUUCUCAAAUGAGAUUAAAAGGGAUUAAGUGAGAUGAUGCAUGUAAAGAUGCUGUGUGAACUGUAAUUCUUAAUACCAUCAUCAUGCAUUAUUAGGAUCGUUUCAUUAUUUCAGCUUCCCGGGGGAAGAAUGCAGAAGGCGCCUGACCCUCAGCUUCUUUUACUUCCUUUAGUUGGUGAUCAAAGCAAAAGAGGGUCAGUCCCAGGCACCCCAAGGCCCAGGUGAAGGAGGUGGGUUUGGGGCUGGCCUCAGCCUGGUCCGGCCUCUUAACCUGUCCUUACCCUGAGCGUGUGCAGGCUGUCCUCCCGCCUCAUUCUCCCCACCACCCAGACUCAUCCAUCUCCUUCCCUCUCUAUCCUGCAGCACAACUAACUUAAGAAUCGCAUCUUGAGUGCCUUCUUGACCUUCUCUGUCAUCAUCCCCGGCUCCCAAGGCUUCCGUGUCUAUCCUACCCUGUACCCAGUGCCCACUGUGUACCAGGCACCAUCUCUAGCCUCCUCCUCCUUUCCAUGGCUUUCAAAGAUGGGCUGUCUAUAAGGAGCAGCUCUGGAAUUAUGUCCUCUCUCAUCUAUGCUCUGUUCUGUCUGCUUUGACCAAAGCUCUCUUUGGGGUCAGAAAGAGCAGCCCUGGACCAAAGGUGCAAUGAAGAGGACUCUCGCUGAGAGUCACAGCUAAUGACAGCCACCUGGCCUCACUGCUAAGGAAGAGCUGGAGUCAGAACCAAGGUGACCUCCAGGGCUGUCCUCCUGGGAGCUGAGUGUCCUUGCUCUGAAGUUCAAAGGCAGCAAAGUACUGAGCCGUGAGCCCAGCCUGGAUGUGCCCUAGGCACAUUAUCCCUACCCUGCCUCAUCCCAACGAAGUUCUAGAGGUGCCAAGAAUGUGUUUGUGUGUCUGUUUCACUUGCUGGAUUGCACCUCUCCAGAUACUGUAUGUGAGAUCCCCACCACUUCCAGCCCCAUGGCUGUGAUUGGGGCAGUUGAAGCAGGAUCCCCGGUGGUGGGGAUGGCAACAGCUGAACCUCUCUUGUGUACCAGUUACCGGCCCUUACAUGCAUUCGCUCAUCUAAUCCUCCCCAAACUACGGACAGGUCAAGCAAUGUCAACGACCCCAGUUAUGCAAGGUUUUACUAUGCCCAAAGCACCCCCUUAUCAUUUCCUAUGAUUAACUCCCAACCCUCUGAGAUAGGCAGAGCAAUGCUAUUCUCUCCAUUUUAUAGAUUUAGAAACCAAAGCUGAGUCUAAAGUCAGCUAGUACGUGGUAGAGCCAAGACUUGAGCUUCUUGGGCAAAAACUCCAUGAUCUUUCCACAGAAGCAAGUCCUAGGCUCCUUUUGGGAGCUCCUAGCAGAAACAGAACAUAGGGUUGGGCCUGUCCAGCCUAGCCUACUGUCCUGUGGUGGGCAUGGGACCUUGGACAGGGUACCAGCAGGGUAGGGAAGAACUUAGAAGGGACACAUGGCUGGUUUCUGUCCUUAAAGACCAUAUAGAAGAGAGAGGAGUCAGACAUGCACCAGUCCGGACAGAGAAAGGACAACAUGGAGGCUGGUGGACAGACCUCCAGAUCCCCAGGAUGGGGAGAGAGAAGGAAGGCUCUGAGCUGAGAGAAAGACAUGGUUGACCACUGAUCCCAGAAGCAUCUGUCCCUACGUGUGCCAUGACUUUUCACUUGCAAAUGUUGCUCUGAUGUUGUUUGUAUCUUUAAGCUGUGAUUUGGUCUAUAUGCAAUGCCUUUCAGCUAGACUAAGCCCUUUGGGUAGGGCUCCCUCCAGUCCUUGAAUGGCCUUCUACCUACCUUCCCUCAUUCGUCUGUCUAGCAGAUAGUAAGUACUCAAUAAAUGCUCAUUUGCCA